AUGCACGUCUUCUCUCGGACUGUUUCGUCUUCUCACACGCGGAGGGCCCGUAUACUGCCACCCGAGUUAACCGACAUUGUCAUAGGCUACUUGCAUGACGACUCAGCAUCGCUAAAGUCCGUUUCACUUGCCUCCCGUGACAUGCUUCCCUCUACCAGGACCCAUCUUUUCUAUUCGAUAGCGCUGUAUCAUUCGCGACUCCUUGACGCCUUUGUCGCGCUUCUCCAAACUUCGCCGCAUCUCGCUGGAUGCGUGAAAUGUCUU